UAUAAAUUGCAUAAAAUAGUUGAAUCUAUGCCUAACGAGUUUGCCUUCCUACACACUGUCAAAGACCAAAGUCCACCUCUCCUUGCAAAUUAAUGGACUUCUCUCGGGAGAGCUCAAACCCUAACCUUAAUAUCACCUUCUAUCCCGAUUACUUGGAUCCGGUGACCGAGUUCGAGCUGUCGGAUUAUCUUAUGCUCGACGGUGGGGUUUUCGAGGAAGACUCAUCAUCGCAAAGUAUAGAAUCGUUGGAGAAGGGCUUGGGAGGAGCUAACGAAGUUAGUGGUGCAACAUCAAAAACCCCCAUCAUAAAAUGCAAGACUGAAACGAGGGAAAAGAAGUUGGAACAGAGGCAUCGGGUUGCAUUUAGAACGAAAUCGGAGAUAGAAGUCAUGGAUGAUGGAUAUAAAUGGAGGAAAUAUGGGAAAAAGUAUGUGAAGAACAGCCCAAAUCCAAGGAACUAUUAUAAAUGUUCAGGUGGAGGAUGCAAUGUGAAGAAGAGGAUAGAAAGGGACAGAGAUGACCAUAGUUUUGUGAUAACUACCUACGAAGGUUCUCACAAUCAUGACAGCCCUUUCACGGUUUAUUAUAAUCAAAUGCCUCCAAAUGCUUGGACCUAGCAAGCUUCUCCAUCCUCUUCUUCUUCUACAAGAAAAAACAAAAAUAUAUACAUACAUAAAUACAUGUAUGUAUUGUUUAUUAGGAGAUGCUUCUUCUAAUCAUCAUGUUUGCUUAACAUGGCCAUCUACUUUACAUAUUUUACGUAAUUAUAUGUAUAGUAUAUAUGGGGUCUAUUUUAUUAGUGCCUGUAAACACAUUUAGUCACCAAUUUAAGAAAAUGUUUUACCAUAUUCAAAA